GGGAUGCAGCCUCGGAAGGGCAGAGGCUGAAGCGUCCCGUGCUCGCCGCGCAUCGCUCCGCGCCUCCGCCGCGGCGCCGGCGGCCGUCUCAUUCCCCGCCCGAGCGGCAGGAGGGAGAACUCCGUGGCAGAAUAUGCUGGCAAUGUUAUCUUUUGGUUUGGAGCAUAUCCAGAGCCUAAUAGGAUUUAGGACAGAGGAGAUGGGUGUCUGGAGUGGGAUGUUAGAAGGAAAGUGAAUUAAACUUAAUUGAGAAUGUCCGAAAACCCUGACAAGCCCAAUAUAAAUGAAGCAGGAAAAUCAAAAUCGAAUGAUUCUGAGCAAGACCUUGAAGAUGCUGUGAAAGGUUCUGAUGCCGCUCUACAGAAAACAGUAAAGUCGGGCUCUCCCAGCACCCAAAGAGUGCAAAGACCUCACUCUAGUCCUCCUCGAUUUGUGACAGUAGAAGAACUUCUAGAGACAGCGAAAGGAGUCACUAACAUGGCUCUAGCCCAUGAAAUUGUAGUAAAUGGAGACUUUCGGAUUAAACCAGUCGAAUUACCAGAAGACAGUUUGGAGAAGAGAGUGAAGGAGAUUGUACAUAAAGCUUUUUGGGAUUGCUUGAGUGUCCAGCUAAGUGAAGACCCCCCCACAUAUGACCAUGCCAUCAAACUUGUUGGGGAGAUCAAAGAGACUCUCUUAUCUUUCUUGCUGCCUGGUCACACUAGACUGAGAAACCAGAUAACAGAAGUCUUGGAUCUGGAUCUGAUAAAGCAAGAAGCAGAGAAUGGGGCCUUAGACAUUUCCAAGCUGGCAGAAUUCAUUAUUGGUAUGAUGGGGACCCUUUGUGCACCUGCUCGAGAUGAGGAAGUCAAGAAACUAAAGGACAUUAAGGAAAUAGUGCCCCUUUUCAGGGCAAUUUUUUCCGUGUUGGACCUUAUGAAAGUGGACAUGGCAAACUUUGCCAUCACUAGCAUUAGGCCGCAUCUCAUGCAGCAGUCCGUGGAAUACGAAAGGAAGAAGUUUCAACAGCUUUUGGAGAAGCAGCCAAAUUCCCUGGACUUUGUCACCCAGUGGCUGGAAGAAGCCGCAGAGGACCUUCUGAAUCAGAAGUAUAAAAGUGCCCUGCCAGCUGGGGGAGGGGCGGCCGGCUCUGGGGAUGGCCCCACGCCAAAUCCUGUGGCUGUCCAGAAUUAUGCAUACCUGAAGCUUCUGAGAUGGGACCAUCUGCGGAGACCUUUCCCGGAAACCGUUUUGAUGGACCAGGCUCGCUUCCAAGAGCUCCAGCUGCAGCUGGAGCACCUCACCAUCCUGGGAGCUGUGUUGCUGGUCACAUUCAGCAUGGCAGCCCCAGGAAUCUCCAGCCAGGCCGACUUUGCUGAGAAACUCAAGGUGAUCGUGAAGAUUCUGCUAACAGAUACACAUCUGCCCUCCUUUCAUCUGAAGGACGCCCUGACUACCAUUGGGGAGAAGGUCUGCCUGGAGGUGAGCAGCUGCCUGGCCCUGUGCGGGCUCACCCCCUUCACCACGGAAAAGGAGGCCGUGCUCAAGGGCCAGAUCCAGGCUGUCGCCAGUCCUGACGACCCCAUCCGCAGGAUCAUGGAUUCCCGAAUCCUGAUCUUCUUAGAAAGCUACCUUGCCUCGGGUCAUCAGAAGCCACUGCCCACGGUACCUGGGGGAUUGGGUCCAGUUCAGAAAGAGCUGGAGGAAGUUGCUAUUAAAUUUGUCCGCCUGGUCAACUAUAACAAGAUGGUCUUCAGUCCCUACUACGACGCCAUCCUCAGUAAGAUCCUUGUGCGAUCCUGACGCACCUGCGCUCUCCGGCGGCGGCGGUAUUAGCCUCUCGAUACAGAAUACCUAUUCUCGACUCUCGUGUUGCUUUGGAAAAUGGCUAUUUAGUACAUUUCUGUGUAAGAGCCCUGAUUCCAAAGGGAAGAAUACUGUGUAUCACUGUUGAAAAGGGUUGUUGAAAAAGGCCCUGAAUUCCAGUUUGAAGGUUUGUAUUUAUGAGUGCAAGUUUACAAAUCAAGAAGCUUCUUGUUCUCUUACGUUUGAGGGGGCACUCCGCUCUUAAACGGUUGACAGCUGCGUGUCUGCACCCGACUCUGUCCUGAUUACAGCUGCCUUGUCUUUCCUGGGGGGCUGGGGCCUCUCUUCCACCAUCUGGGUAGUUUUCCUUUCAGACACCCAAGAGGAUCUACCAGCCACUGAGAAUGAGAGACCAAGCCAUGACCGUGUUGAGACUUUGCCCCCUGCCUGGCACCGACCCUCACUCUUCCCCCCUUCCUGGCACUGACCCUCACUCUUUCCCCCCGCUGCCUGGCACCAACCCUCACUCUUCCCCCCUGCCUGGCACCGACCCUCACUCUUCCCCCCCAUGCCUGGCACCGACCCUCACUCUUCCCCCCUGCCUGGCACCAACCCUCGCUCUCCCCAGCACCCCCCCCCCCCCAGCUGUUUUGUCUUGGAAGGGCUAUACCAAGGCUUAUUGCCUCCCUGUACCCCUUUGAUUGCUUUCUCCCUGCCUGGCCUAGCCAGAGCUCCAGAACCCUUUUGUUCUAGAGGGGAGUUAAUUGAUUUUUAAAAACUUAUUCUUUUAUACAGAAUUAUUUCUGAGCCUGGAUGAUAGCAGUUAUGACUUCUGGGAUCUAGAGAAAGGAAAUUCUUUGACUUUUAAGCUUUGAAAGUUAAGGAGGAAAUAUUUUUUUAAACCAUAUAUAUGUUGGUGUAAUUUAAAAGACACUGGAGUUUUUACUGAAAAAUUCACUGAUACAAUACACAGAUGUAUUGAUUGGAUUUGAAUUUCAGAAAUAGAUUUAAAGUGUUUUCAGAUAAAACAGUAUAGUGUAAGCUCACUUAUUUCUGGGAUAAAGGAAGUCCUAGAAAAUCCCUGGUUUGGGAGCAGUAUUUUUUGAGGAACUUCAGUGAUUGGAAUUCCUGACAUACCUAUCUUGUGGCUGAAAGGGUGGCUGGGCUCUCACAGAUGACCCACUCUGUUAGAAUAAAAAGUAAAAGGUGUGUGUGAGUGUGUGUACGUGCGUGUUUUAGACAGGGACACUCUAUCAGAAGCAGAGCCAUGAAGUUGGGUGUGAACUCCAAGUCCAGGAACAGCACAAGGAAAAAUAAUGCAGGGAAUCCCUCAAAGUGGUGGGGGCUGCGGUGGGGCCGGAGGCAGGCGUGUUGGCCUCCCGCCAGAGGAACGUUCGCUCUGUGACUAUCGAGUGGUACCGAGCUUCAGGAGACGGUACGCUUGUGCUGGGGUGGGGGGACUGUGAUUUCUCCAAAUCUGUGCUACAGACUAUGUUCUAAUAGUGUUUUCUACUUGCAGUCAGAAAAGUAUGCUGCGUUAUGUGGUCAGAAGUCCUAUAAAGUUUAUACUCAAAGACAAAUCUUCCCUUGUUUCAUUGGAAGUGAAUAGAAGUUCAAUAAGUAGAGGUUUAAAAGGACAAAAUCACAUCUUUUAUAGUGUGUCUUCAAAUGAGGUCGCUUCUGGAAUUGUUUCUGGAGCUGAGGUUGCUCUGUGGCAGCCGUGCUUGUUGGUCAUGGGGGCCCCCCAUCUCCCAGGCUGAGAAGCCUGAGCGCGCUUUAAGUAGGCUCCAUGCCCAACACGGGGCUUGAACUCCCGACCCAGGGUUUAGGAGUCACAUGCUCUACUGACUGAGCCUCCAGCCUGUCGCUGCCCUCCCCGCCAGCCCUCUUUCACUCUCUUGCCUGCCUCAGCCUCUGAGUGUAUGGGGUCUUGUCCUGCCUCAGUCAAGGAUGAAGGGGAGGAGCUUUACCCUUCAUCCUUGAGUGAAGGGGUGGAUGACCACUUCCUGUAGUCAUUCUUCCUAAAUCUUUAAAGUUCUUUUUUUUGCUGCCUUUUCUAAGGGUUCGCUUUCUACCAGAUUUCCCGCCCCCCACCAUGGGUUCCUAAAUUCACAGAGUUAAGUUUGUACCAUUUGAAAUCUUGAUGCAUAUUUUACAGGAACCUGCACAGACUCUCCUCUCCCCGCACCCCCCACCCCUACCUCAGUGUCUACUGGCAGAGUUCUCCAGGUGGCAAAGCCAAGAAUGAGGGAGGCAAAGUUCACAAUCACAAUAUUCAUAUUGAAUUUUGUUGUUCUUUGAAGAUAAGUGAGCUACUUCCUGGAAUCUCAUAGGAUUAUCACUAAGGGCCAGGAAACUUCAUUUGGUCCCUCAGGAAAUGUUUGUUGAGCAUCUCCUUGUAAUCCAUGCCCCCCAUCCCCCCAGCUCUCCCUCCAAGAUACGUAUCCUUUGGAGCAGAAAUCAUCUUUUAGAAUUGAACUGGUUCUAUAUAAUGCACUCUGAUUGGAUUUGACGUGAUUUUCUACCUAACAGGUUUGUGGAAACAAGCGUGUUUUAGGAAAGUGCUGGGUUUAUUUGGCGGUAGUGUUUUACUGUGGAUAGAACCAAGCACCUUGAGAGUUCGGUCCAUCAUCGCAACUGUGUUCAAUUGAUCUGAUGGUCUCACGGAUGCAUGAACGUCUAGAACAGUAACUGCUACUUUGUCAGCUCUUGGUUCGGUGGAUGGAUUCUCAGCCUAGGUGUUUUUUGAAAAUCUCAUCACAUUUAUUUUAUUUAUUUUUUUAAAGAUUUAUUUAUUUAUUUUAUUUGACAGAGAUCACAAAUAGAGAGGCAGGCAGGGUGUGGGGUGGGGAAGCAGGCUCCCUGCUGAGCAGAGAGCCCGACGCAGGGCUAGAUCCCAGGACCCUGAGAUCAUGACCUGAGCUGAAGGCAGAGGCUUAACCCACUGAGCCACCCAGGCACCCCUGAAAAUCUCAUUACAUUUAAAGCAAGCUGUACAACGCGAUUGUUUAUGUAACCCUAUAUCCUGACUGAAAGUAUACUUCAGCUAAGGAUAUCUUACUGAUAGAACACAGUAAACAGGUGUGUAAGAGCUUUUUUCUCGGAAGAAAAGUUAUGAAUAAGUCUGACACAGCAGGCUUAUAACGUGCAGAUACUGGCUGACGAUUGAUGGGUUAUUUAGCAGUUCUGUUUUGGGGGAGGUGCUUAUGUUCAUUUCUCUAAAACAGCACAAUUCCCAGGAAUCAAGAGGUGUUGGUGGACCACCUUUCCUGCUGAGUUACAAAGGAAAGAGGUAUUUGCUCUUUGAUGUCCAGGGAUUUUUGGCAUGCUCUGGUUUCUGUGUAGAACGUUUGCAUUAAUUUUCAUUUUGAGGCCGGGUGGUAGAGUGCAAAGACUGGGAGCUGCCAGGAAACCAGAUUCUGACCCCAUUUCUGUUACAUACUAACUUAGAGCAAAUCAGGACCUAUUUCUAGCACAUGUAAAACGAAAGGAAUAGACUUGAUCAUUAAACGCUUUCCAGUCCUGACAUUCUGUGAUGUGUCUCAGGGGAGUGAUUAAGUACACUGCAGUAGGAUCGUGCACAAAGCUCCUGAUUGAGGGGACCGUCUGGGUUGGAGUCCCUCCUCUGUUGCCUUCUUACUAGUUGUGUGAUAUUGGGCCAGUCAUUGUCCCUCGGGCUCCUGUAUUUUCAUGUGUAAAACGGGGAAACGACUCACUCACACUUCCUGUGAGGAUUACAUUUGAGAAUGGAUAUUAGAAUGCUUUGUACAGGGAGGGGACUAUGAAUUGCCUUGUUAACAACCGAGGAGAGCAUAUAACCCUCUCCGCGUAGGUGUACCUCUGUCUGUGCCUCGCUUCCCUUCAGUGAGUGCAUUUUGCAGGCUGGACAGAAGGGUUUCCUCCUGUCCUGGGAUUUGUGCUUUUCUUCCGUCAUCUCUUCUGUACUAAAGCUGGUCUUCCCGCUGCUCCUCUCCCUACUUCCAUCGCCACCCACCGAUUCCUCCGCACUCUCACCUCUGUAUUAUUUGAACUAAACAAUUGCAUGAGUGAAC